AUGAGCAUCGCCUCCUCCUCCUCGUCGCUACAGGCGCUCCGAGGGUCUCUUCGACCCUCAGCGACCUGUCGCAGAGCCCUCAACAUUGAGUUCAAGCCGUUCCGGCCCGUCGACGACGCCGCUCUCGAGCCUCGUCCACCCCGCCCCUCCACCCCUACCUUCUUCACCGGCCGGCCCGCCUAUCACACCGCCAUCUCCGAACUCGAGACUGCUCUUCUCUCCGCUCAACAAUCUCUGCGCUCGGCCCAUAUCUAUCCCCUUCCCUCCACCCUCCCCACCCCGCAGCCUCCAAGGGCCGCGUGGCAUCCCGCCCCGGUUCUCUCCAACCUGCUCGGCACGCAGCUCAAGACGAACGCCCAUCGUCGGAUCCUCGACCUUCUCAAUGAAUUGCACGCCCUCCGGCAUGUGGCGGCGCUGAGUGAGCAGGCGGGGGUGGAGAAUGUGCUGGAUGGCGUGUUGGCGCGAUAUGAGAGGGAAGAGCGGGGCGGGGUUGAGGGCGGGAAGAAGGCGGCGGAGGUGGAUGAGUGGGGGAGGGCGUAUGGGAUGGGAAGGAGAAAAGAGUCGAGUGCGAGGGUGUGGAUCGUUCCUUCGCCUUCGGGGCGGCGGUUGCUCGAUGCGCACUCGGAGGGGGAGGCGGUAGCUACGGUAGAGGAAGGAGAAGGGGAGGUGCAGGCGGAAAUACUGGUGAACCACGUCCCGAUCGCCAUUCAUUUCCCAAAGAUCACGGAUAGGGAGACGGUGCUUCGUCCUUUGCGCCUCUCGGGGCUUAUCGGCGCGUUCAAUGUGUUUGCGCUAGCGAGGGGAGGGGGGACGAGUGGGCAGGCGGGGGCCGUGGGUCUGGCGCUGGCGAGGGCAUUGGUGGUCAUGCGGAGCGAGACGGAGGAGGUGCUGCAACGAGAUGGUGCGCUUAUGCGGGAUACGAGGAUGGUGGAGAGGAAAAAGACGGGCAGUGCAAAGGCGAGGAAGAAGUACGCCUGGGUCAAGCGAUAG